AUGGGAAAGCUCGUCUUCGGCCGCUUCUUCCCGUUCAAAACGCCGCUCUGCUCGCUCUACGAUAAUCAGAUACAAGAUGCCAGCCUACGCUUCCACCCAGCCGACGCUUUUGACGCGAUGAAGCGACAGGGCAAGAAGAUUGGGCUCUGGAUUGAUUUGACCAAGACGGAUCGUUACUAUUUCAAAGACGAGGCCGAACAAGACGGGUGUAAAUAUCGAAAGAUGGCCCUCGCCGGUCACAAAGCCACGCCAACCCAGGAAGAAGUUGAUCGGUUUAUUCGAUUGACAAAAGGAUUCUUGGCGGAUAAUCCAGACGCUGUGGUGGGCAUCCACUGUACGCACGGCUUCAACCGUACCGGCUUCCUGAUCUGCGCCUAUCUUUGCGAGGUGGAGAGCUGGGCCCCCGACAUGGCGAUCCACGCGUUUUUGAAUGGACGACCGACAGGCAUCUACAAACAGGAUUACAUCGACGAUCUGAUCUCGCGGUAUGGCGAUCCGGAAGAGCGGCUUCAAGCUCCGGACCGGCCCGCCUGGGAAUAUAACGACUCGACGACGAUGGUGGACGCGAUUGAGGCUUCAGCAAGCACCUCGCACACUAAUGGAAAUGAUGGAGACGAGCCAGCGCCCCCUCCGGCCGUCAAGGUCAAGCAGUUCAUGGACGGACAAGUGCCCGGCGUCUCAUUGCUUACAGAUCCGAUCAAGAGGGGCAUGUUACAAGCAAAGAUCAAAGAGCUGUGCGGAUACCGAAGCGACGGCUUUCCGGGCUCGCAACCAGUGUCGCUGGCCCGAUCACCGCCGGAAAACGACAAUCUAAAGAAUUUGGCGCUGCGGCCGUACGUUGUCUCCUGGAAAGCCGACGGAAUGAGAUAUAUGGUCUACAUUCGGGACGAGGACGAGAUCUUUGCGUUUGAUCGUGAUAACGACGUAUUUGAAUUGCCGCGUUUAAAAUUUCCGCAUCGCAAAGAGCCACGUCACGUCCAGAAUACUCUCGUCGAUUGCGAAGUCAUUAUCGAUAAGGUAAAAGACCAAAACGGCGUCGAGCAAGAGAUUCCUCGGCUGCUGAUCUACGACAUCAUACAUUUCGAGAACUUCUCAAUACGCAAGAUGAUGUAUGAUCAGAGGAAAGAAUGCAUCAAACGCGAGCUGAUCGAACCGAGGACCCACGCUUUUCACAAAGGCACACUACGAAAACAAGACGAGCUGAUGUCGGUGCGCCUGAAGGAAUUUUGGGAAAUUUGCAGCUUGCCAAAAUUCUUCGAGGACAAAUUCGUCAAGAACGUCGGGCACGAGAUCGACGGGCUGAUUUUCCAGCCGUGCGAUGAGGAAUACAAAUCCGGCCGCCAGGACUCGGUGCUCAAAUGGAAACCGCCAUCCCACAAUUCCAUAGAUUUCCUGCUGAGGAUUACAAGGGUGGUGAAGCCAGGCGAGUUAGCAAGACACGACGGUCUACUAUACGUCCAGAACUCGUCGGCCCCAUUUGCGGUGAUGAAGGCGACGAAAGCCCUACUGCCAUAUGAUGGCAAAAUUAUCGAAUGUCGUGUCAACGAGGGCAACCAAUGGGAAUUUAUGAGGGAGCGAACGGACAAAUCUCUUCCCAACUCGUUCCGGACGGCCACCGCCGUCGCGAACAGCAUGUGCUUCCCGGUCACGCAGGAAAUGCUGUGCAAAUUCUGCACGGAACGCGGCUACAAACGACGCAGCGUCCCCGCGAACGGCGAGCCACCUAGGAAACGCCCAGCU